UCAGAAUUUGUCAUCAUUAACGCAAGUUCUUCAUAACACGAUUGAUCAAUUAUGUAAUCUCCUGCUCGUGUCAAGUUUGCCAAAUCCAUUAAUAAUUAUUAAGCAAUAGGAAAACCAUCAUCACUUCAAUUACACCAAUUCUAUCGAAUUAUCAAUAUUUCCGUGGUUUAAACAGUGUUUCGUUUUUUGCAGGUAUAUUUUUUGCAGUGCAAAAUAUCCCACCUCCCCCCAAAAAAAUGGGUAACUUCCAUCCAUUCUCACUUUACCUCGUUGUGGUCACUUUACUCGUGGCCUUUCACUCCGGCGACCGACUUGUUUCUGGCCACGGGAGAAUGAUGGAGCCUCCGAACAGGUCGUCAAUUUGGAGACGGGUCGAGUACGAGGAACUCCACCCACCAAUCAAUUACAACGACAAUGAACUAUUUUGUGGUGGAUUUAUCAUCCAGUAUGAACACAAUGACGGGAAAUGUGGCGAAUGUGGGGACUCUUUUAACUCGACGAAACCCCGGGAGAACGAGCACGGGGGGUUUUACGGGAAGGGGAUCAUCACCAAGACGUACACCAGGGGUCAAGAAAUCGUCAUCCUUGUCGAACUAACGUUCGGCCACAUGGGUUAUUUCGAAUUCAGAGUCUGCAACUUGGACAAUGAUCAAUCCGAAAGUGAGGCCUGUUUCGAGCAAAAUUUGCUCCAAUUGAGCAACGGAAGCCCCACGAUUCCAACCCGGUACCCAAUCCCGACCAGUGGCGUGGGCUGGUACAAUAUCAAAGCGAGCCUGCCCACCAACCUGGUUUGUUUCCAUUGCGUCCUCCAGUGGCAUUACUAUGCAGGCAAUUCAUGGGGCGAGUGUGAAGAUGGAACCUACGCGAUCGGUUGCGGUCCUCAAGAAACAUUUCGAGGAUGUGCAGACAUCGCAAUUAUUAAUUAGUGAGGAGAAAUUAUGUAGAAAAAGUAUGAAUAAUUCAUACUUUCUGCGCUAGCGAAAAUUUGUGACAUUUUGAAAUUCUGUGUAAAUAAAGAUAAUAUUUCUGCGCUUGCAAAAAUUUGUGACAUUUUGUAAUUUUGUGCAAAUAAAGUUUUUAUUUCUGC